AUGGACGUGUCAACGGCGAAGGCCAUCGCCAUGCUGUCGUUGGGGCUGGGCAGCUUCAUAGCGGGGAUGCUGCCAGCGUGUAUCUCACAGAGUUCGAGACAGAAACAUCCUUUGUUAAUAUCCUGCUUGCUUUGUUUCGGCGGCGGCGUACUUCUCUCCACCUCUUUGGUCCACAUGCUGCCUGAAGCACGAGAGAAGUACCCUCGAUAUUCAGAACUGGUUCUGUGCGCUGGUUUCUUCAUGGUUUAUCUGGUGGAUGAGAUCGUUCAUUUCUUUUAUGGUGCGAAUGAGCGGAGACAUCUUCCGAGCGGAUUGGCUGAUGGAGAGAUGAGUCAUAGAGCCAGUGAUCGUAUGAGAAGUCACAGGUCGUAUGGGAUUGGAGAGGAAACUAGUCUUUUAGCUCGUGGUCUGGGUGCUGGAGAUCAAGAGUUCAGCCAGCGGUGUUGUGGGGACGUGGGGAACCCUAGGAUGUGUCACGUCAGUCAUACGGAACCCUGUAAUAAGGGAGCGUCAGGGGUCAUCGGAUUACUUUGUGCUUUGUUUGUACACAGUCUGCUAGAAGGACUGGCUAUUGGCUUGCAAGAAACCGCUUCGCAGGUUCUUCUGCUUUUCGCAGCCGUGGCGUGUCAUAAAUACGUUGUAGGUUUUUGUCUGGGUGCUGAGAUAUGUGCCAGUGGUGUUGGCAGGCUCUGCGCUCACCUGGCCUUCAUCACACUGUUCAGUGGAGGGUCUGUGGCGGGCAUCGCGAUAGGUGCCGGUGUGGGCAGCGUCGGCAACAUGAAUGAUUCUGUUGUUGUACCCAUCAUGCAGGCGUUGGCUGCGGGUACUCUCCUAUACGUGACGGUUAGCGAGGUACUACCCCGGGAGCGAGCUCGGUGGCACGGCCGAGGCCGGGGCCCGGGACUAGUACAGAUGAUCUCUGUAGCUGUAGGAUUCGUCCUCAUGUACCUUUCUACCGCAUAUAUUGAUCAUGAUGCUGUUUAA